UCCCGUGUGGACCAGGCAAGGCAUCGUCCAGAAUCGAAUUCGGAGUCAGUUACAUUUCAAAGUGCGCGCUGAACGGUCUUGUGUCGUUGAAGUACGAGUUACAUGCUCCGUGUUGUCAGUAGUACCUACCGGGAAAUCGAUCGACCAAAAGUGGAAGCGAAACCAUAACAAAAAGAAAAGAAACGCCGCGUGUGUUUAGCCGUUCGUUUGGUGCAUUUCUGGUGGUGUUUUUUUUUCGACGCUGUGGUUGCGAUUGUUGUUUUUGUGUUAUCAACACCAAUCUCGGUAUCUCGUCUCACUGCCGCCUGCUGAUGCUGCUGCCGCUGUCCAGUCCAGUUGUCUGUGUAUUGGUACGGCGAAGAGUUGGAUGCUGUGAAGAUUACCAAAACAAUCCACAGAAGGGAGCCCGAAAACAAGUUUUUGCGCAUCCCUCGGCGAGAUAGAGAGCGAGCGUUUUGUGGAGGAGAGAGCGAGCGUUGGUAUUAGUGAAUCGCGUACACCAGUGUAAAUUCUGCACACCUGUGCACUUUCGGUGUUGUUUUGGAAAAGGAGAAUCCAACGAAGGGUUCCGAAAAAUAAAGAGAAGAAGCAUACAGAAAAGUAGCCCACCCGGUUUACUUUGACCGUAAACAGAGAAGUGUUUGGUAAGCAUAAAACCAGCAUCCGACCGACGAACGGUUGCAAGUGUGUCCGUCAAAACAAAAACGCGUGUGCGGUGUAGUUCUGAGGACGAAAAGUGUGGUGCAGAAGCGGGCGCGGAAAGGACGUGUGUAGUAAAUUGUUAUCCAGUGCACAAAGAUAAAGGCUAUUCGCGUACACACGCCGGAAGAACGUGACAUCGUGAACGCUGAGCCACCGGGCAGCAUUAUAGAGGGUAAGUUUUUCGCAGCAUCGCAACAGAUAAGACGAUCCAAGCUUCUCGCAAGUGAGCACAAGCAGUUGGCGCAGCUCGCUCAUUAGUGGUGGCACUCAUUGUAUGUGUCUCCAAUUAAAUGGCCACUUGUCGUCUCGUCGCGUGAAUUACCUACACCCGUCGUCGGAGCUUUUCGCUGGGAAACGACCAUGUUUCGUCCACAGCUCAACCCGUCCCAGAACAUUCGGGAGAAGAUGAGACUCUUCGAGCAAGAUGCGAGCUUAGACAGCUCCAACUAUCAUCAUAGAAGAAGAUACUCGGAUAACAACAACACAUCGUACUGUGGUGUUAAAAGUAGCACUGGUUGUGGUGGUGGUGGUGGUCAGUACCAGAACCAAAAUCAGGAACCGGAAAGUGACGACGGAACGAACCCUAGAAUGAUGCCCCCGAUUAACCAUUCCAGCACGCAGGGAGUCAUGACCGACUCGCAGGGACUCAUCGUACCGAAGAAGCUGGCCAACCCCUGCGUCGAUUCGACGGACCGACAGAACCUGCAUCGGGAGCUCAUGUUCAACCAGAAAAUGGGCAAAAGCGUGCUAAAUCAAAAGUCGGAACUGCAACGGGCGCUCGAGAAGCAAAAGGAACGUCAGGUGCUUGCAGCGCAGAACCUCGCCAAGCAGCAAGCCCAGGAGCACACCAUCUCGAACGAGCUCGGUCGGGUGAUAAUGCAGCGGGCGGCCCGCUUGGAGCAGAAGAACCUCGCCGCGGCCGCCGCCGGGUCCCAACAGGAUCAGCCAGACUCGAUCAAUCCGGAAUAUCUGAAUGCGCGUGCCAAACUGCGCGCCACCCAGGCGGUUUACUCAAAGUAGAGAGAAAGAGCCGAAACCAGUAGUUGCAUUAAGAUUGAUUUUAGUAGGAAAAACACCCACGAAUGUAAUUUUAGUGUUUUAAUGUUUAAGUUUUAACGUCUAGACAAGUGAUAAUGACAUCAAUGAUUUCCGUUUCUGUUUGUUUUAAAAAAUCAAUCUGAUUAGCAAUUAUUUUUAAAUAAUGAACAAGAUCAAGAAACAGAAUACUGGAACAGAAUGUGCUCUAAUCUGGGAUUCUUAGCCCGAAAGGAAGGAAAAAAGUAGAUCCCAAUUUUGAAACCGAGUUAAAAAAAAAUGCAAACAAACAAGAGAGAAAGGCGAAAUGCUUUAAGUAGUUCUAAUGAGUUAUUUUUGUAAUUCUUUUAUCUUUUAGAUAGUUCGAUCUGUUGAAUGUAUGUAUAUUAUAAGAAUAAGAGAGGCAGGAAAUUUAUGUUCUCAUGCGAAGAGAAGGAUUUUGAGCAUACUAAUCGUAGCGAAAAUUGUGAUAACCAAACAAAACACCGAGCACUUGUUGAAGGCAUCAUAAAACAAAUCAAGUCCUUGGAUAUCCUUCUUACAAAACGUUGAAUGGAUUUUCUAUAAAUUGUGAAGAAAAUUACUAAGCAUCUGAUUACAUACCCUACCAUAUUCUGCUAGUGUUAAUGUGGUCUAGUUUGUAGCGAUGUAAGAGAAUAAAAAUUACAAAAUCAAGUUACAGAGACGGCCUUCGGAAUGGAGCUGAUUGAGGAAUCGAUCGAACUGCUAACUAGAAUAAGGCAUUUCACACAAAUUAAUCUUUUGAUAUUCAUAAAAAAAUAACUAGCAAAAAGGGUAAACUCUCUGUGAAAAUCCAUAAAUUUUCUGAAAGUACUUCUUUCAGGACAAUUUUUCGGUUUUCGCAUAGAGAGUUCGUUUGGUUACUGUUGAAAUUUAAACAAUUGAAUCUUAAUACAACUUAACAAAAGAUAAUAAUAGAACACCCGCACACACAAAAGUAGAAGCAAUGUAAGUUAACAUGUCCAUUAACCCAAACUACUACAACCUCCACCAGAGAAUGGCAAACCUUACCCUGUUGAUAGGACACCGAAAUCACCGAGAGACUUUCGAAAACCCGAAUUUGGCCUUGUUAGAGAUUUGUAUUUAGAUGGAGAACAGACAAUUUUCAUAUAUAGGAUAGAAACCAAAUCGAACCAACCAAGCCACCUUCAUCCUACUACUACAUAUUACGUAAUACUACUACGCCUAGUGUGAAUGUGUUUCUGGCAGUUGUUCAAUGACAAUUACAACAAAGCAGUUUAUGUGUUGAUUACUAAUUUUUGCCAGUUGUAGUUUUAGAGCGAAGGAAGUCUAUAACUUGAUUGUUUGACAGUAGGUACACAUACACCAGUCAAUGGGAUUUAGCAUAGCAUAGAACAUUCAAGCAGAUUAACACACGUAUUGAUAAACGAUAAUUUAACAACAACCCAAGUUAGUAAUAGAAUGUGCGUUUAGUGAUUGUGAAAAGUUGAUGAAACUUUGAGUAACAGAAGAAUUAUAAUAAACCGAACAGUGUGUAAGUGUAGUGAAGCAGCUCUAGAGGGCUCAGUAUUUGCAGUCCGUACAAGGGAGAAUAAAAUAUUAUUUUAACUGAAAAACUA